UUAUUCCUUUCACUCUGCCUAGAAAAGAAAACCAAACCCCUCUGCUCUGCAUUCAAAACAUCCCCAUUACUUAACUAUGCUCCUCUCUCUCAAGCGGAACCAGCUGCGUUUGAACCAACUGCUAAACAGCCCGCGACACUACUCCCGCCUAUCACCGCCGCGGCCCGCCGGGCCCGACCCAGUGAUCCGCGUGGUGAACAACAUAGCCCACCUGGGCGGCCCGAAGGAGGGCCCGAAGCCCCGGCAGCUCCUCUCUCUUCCUUGCUUCCCUUCCGACCCUUUGGCCGCCAGAUGUUUGACAAAAUGCCCCAACGAGAAGAAGCGUGGCCGGGUCACCGCCAUCAGUUGGGUCAAGUACUAUUUUGAUGGAGUCCAUGAUUCCGUCAUCCAGUCCCACUUCAAUAAAGGCCUUGUGCAGAUGGAAUAUCCUAGUACGGAAGAAUUUUCGCGCGUUGUAGGGAAGAGAUCCAUGAAGAAGAUUAAGCAUAACGAAGUCAUGAAGGCUGGUGCAAGAAUUUAUGUACCUGUGUCGAUUGCUGAAAGUAGGAUUUCAAGAAGAUUUGACCCCAUACCAUGUGGAACUUUAUAUCCAAAUGCUGAUGAAAUAGCUUACCUGCAAAGGCUUGUUAUGUACAAGGAUUCUGCUAUUAUUGUGCUUAACAAGCCUCCAAAGUUACCAGUGAAGGGGAAUCUGCCUGUUCAUAACAGCUUAGAUGCUUUAGCUGCUGCUGCAUUAUCUUAUGAUUACGAGGAAGGUCCUCAGUUGGUACAUCGUCUUGACAGAGAAAGUAGUGGGAUCCUCUUAAUGGGGAGGACAAAGGAGAGCGCUUCUUAUCUUCAACAACUGUUCAUCAACAUUAAUGUGGCAAAAACAUCUUGUCUGGCCUGGAAUGAUGCUUGUGAAGCAACUUUCAUGAGAUAUUGGGCAUUGGUUGUUGGGUACCCUAGAGAAAAGGAAGGUGUAAUAUGUGCUCCUCUCACAAAGGUCCUUCUUGAUGAUGGGAAAACUGAGAGGGUCAUGCUGGCUCAUCCAUCAGGUUUGGAAGCUUCUCAAGAAGCUAUGACUGAGUAUCGAGUGCUUGGCCCUAUGAUCAAUGGGUGUUCGUGGAUCGAGCUACGCCCACUUACCAGUCGGAAACAUCAGUUGCGAGUCCACUGUGCUGAAGCGCUUGGUACACCCAUUGUGGGUGACUACAAGUAUGGUUGGUUUGUGCAUCGGAAGUGGAAGCAAACUCCCCAAGUUACUAUUGAGCCAACAAGUGGUGAGCCUUACAAGUUACGGAGGCCUGAUGGUCUGGAUGUUCAGAAGGGAAGUGUUUUAUCUAAAGUUCCACUACUACACCUCCAUUGUAGAGAGCUUGUUUUACCCAACAUUGCUAAGUUUCUCGGAGUUUUGGGACAGAGGUCUGCAGGCUAUUACCCAAAGCUCAGUGAGAAGCCGGAUGUCCUCCGCUUUGUUGCAUCCAUGCCUUCCCACAUGAAAAUUAGUUGGAAUCUCAUGUCCUCUUAUUUGGUGUGAACUAUGCUACUCAUUUCCAGUGUGUAUAGAAUGUUUACUGUCCUCUCACCUGUACAAUUUUGCACCAUCAAUGUAACUAGUGAAUUUUAGCCCUUUCUUUAAGUUGAUAUAUAAUCAGGCAAUGUUGCUGGUUGUCCUA